CGAUAAAAACAAUCAGAUAUCCAUAAAUAAUAACCACCCAAAGCAAUCGAGCAAGCUGCUCUUUUGAGAGUGUGAUUGGGUUGAAGGAGUGAAUGAAGAGCUUCUUCACAUUAGAGCGAGUGGAGAGAGGUCUGCUCCACUGACCCGGAGCCGCAUGCCGUGUAGCCGCUGGGUUAUGCAGGUAUUUCAACCACGUAGGUGUUUAAAUCAAUGUCAAGCUUGGUCUUGGAACGGCUGGGAGGGCUUGUUGUGGGACUGUGUCGGGUUGGGGAGGGGAAUUCUUUGAAAUGCGGUCGAGAGAGCGCAUGUUAUCUUUUCUCCUCGCCAUUAGACGUCCAGGUUUGGUGUGUCAUUGGUUACAGCCCAGAGCUGGCGUCGAAUCAAGGGGGGAUGAAGAGACGUGCGGUCCAUACGAUGGCACUAUAAAAUCAAGCGCAGACCACAACCAGAGAUCAAGACCGGUUUGGGACGCCGACGUGACAUCAAUCCAAAAAGAGGAUUUUUGCUGUUGAAGGUGCCAGGAGGAGCAGACGCGUUGUGUAAAAGGGUCGGUCCUGUUGGAUUGGAUAUGAAUAUACUGUGUCAUGUUAUGUACCUGCUUCUUCUGGGAGUCGUUUCUUGCCAGAACAACCGAAAUGCCAAGCCGAGUGGAAAAGGUGCCAAAAAGCCAAACGUUCAAGCAGUAGAGACCAGUCAUCAUGGUCCUGAAGAUGAUCCCAACCCCGGGCCGGCAGGUGCUGCUGAGCCCAGUAAAGACACCAGCGCUGGAGGUCGAGGAGCCACACAACAAAGCACAUCUACCAGCAAACCCACUGAUGAAAUGAAGCUGUAUUUUCUCAAGAACACAUUAGUGACAUGCAACGACGGGACUGCCGCUGGGUUUUACCUAAAGGACUUCAAAGGAAGCAGGAGAUGGCUGAUAUUUUUGGAAGGUGGCUGGUGCUGCUACAACAAAGAGACGUGCGACUCCAGAUAUAAAACUGUCCCCCGUCUCAUGAGCUCAACCGACUGGCCACAGACACGCAAAGGCAGCGGUAUUCUGUCUGCACAAAUCGAUGAAAAUCCUCACUGGUAUAAUGCCAAUAUUGUGUUUGUUCCUUACUGCUCGAGCGAUGUAUGGAGUGGAAACAAAGCAGCGUCAAAACCCAAACAGGGAAAAGAAACAGAAUACACUUUCAUGGGAUCUGUGAUCAUUCGGGAAGUCGUCAAAGAUCUUGCAGCAAAAGGUUUGAAACAAGCCAAAGUUGUGAUGCUGGCAGGGACCAGUGCCGGAGGAACAGGUGUGCUGCUGAACAUUGAGAAAGUGUCCGGUCUCCUGGAGCAGUUGGGUGCGGACGCACAGGUGCGAGGUCUUGUGGACUCGGGCUGGUUUCUGGAGAGCAAACAGCAGAAGGCACCUGACUGUCCCGACAGCGCCUCCUGUACCCCGGUGGAUGCCAUAAAGAAAGGACUUCGGUUGUGGAACGGUGUUGUCCCAGACAAGUGUAAGCAGCUGUACAAACGAGGCGAGGAAUGGCAAUGCUUCUUCGCACACAAACUGUACUCCCACAUAACAGCUCCUCUGUUUGUGGUGCAGUGGUUGUUUGAUGAGGAACAGUUACGAUUGGAGAACAUUUACAUGGGCGGUCAGUCUCUCUCUGAGCAGCAGUGGACGUACAUGCAGAAUCUGGGAAAAGAGCUGAAAAACUCUCUCAAAGAUGUGACGGCUGUGUUCGCCCCCUCCUGUCUGUCUCACACUUUAAUAACCAAGAGCACCUGGAUGGAUUUUCAGAUCAAGGGCACAUCCGUGUCUCGUGCUCUUCAGUGCUGGGACAGAAGUCUUCAGGAGGCCAAUAAGAACAGUAGAACCGCUUUGAAGGGCUGUCCAUUUCACCUCAUAGAUAACUGCCAAUGGCCGCAGUGCAAUCCCACCUGUCCGGCUCUGAUCGAUCAGGUCACACAACAGGAGAUGACUCUUCUCCAAGUGUUGGCCAGCAUGGGUCUGGACCUGCAUAAGCUGGGACUGGAUGCAGGAGAAGAUAUUUCGGCUGGAAUGAUCAGCAGCGGUGGCUAGACCACCCCAUGGACACAAUUCACCUCAUCAGAGACCACUUCUGAUAACACAUCUGGGAUGCUUGUCUAGUGAGCACGUCACUGGAUUUCAAUACAAAACCGUGUUCAGUAGGUUUCCAUUGCGAGUGACUCACACACACACACACACACACACACACACACACACACACACACACACGCACACACACACACACACAUAGCUAGACACAGUAACCAACGGUUAUCCUCAUAAUCCAAAUCUACAUUCAAGUAAGAGGAGGAGGAAUUUACUGCUUUAGCUAACACGGUCUAAUGAGACUGUUCUUAUUAACAAACAGUGUGAAAAAUCAUACCACUAGCUACAGAAUGCUUUUGAGAGCAUGUUUGUCACACUUUUUGAAAGAUGACGUUAUUUUAAAGAUCUACAGACUAGGCAACUUUUUUGAACGUUGUUUCCAAAAACACGUCUGCAGAAAAAUAAUAGUGACACUUUACAAUAAAUGCUUUUAUUUCACAUUAGAAAAUGCAUUAGCUAACAAUGAACAAAUGAGUUUUUCAGCAUUUAUUAAUCCUUGUCAUAUUAGUUCAUGGGGCAAACUAAUGUUAUCAGUGACAACGUUUGAUUUUAAUCAUGUUUUAAUAAAUGCUGAAAUUAACAUGAAUUAAUAUUAAAGGGACAGUUCACCCAAAAAUGAAAAUUCUGUCAUCAUUUCCUCACCUUC